UCGACCCGGCCCGCGUCUCGGCUCUCGGAAGCGCAGCGGCCGCAGCUAGGGGCCCGAGAUAGCCUAGUUGAAAGGCUCGGGCGUCUCGGUGGGGAGCGCGUUCCGCGCUGUGGGGUAAUCGCGCCGGGCGGCCAGCCGGUCGGGCCUCCGCGGGAGCCACCGGGGGCUGCGGGCGGCCGCAGGACCUGCGGGGACCUCCUCGGGGCGCAGAGGCCACGCUGCAGCCUUCACCGCGGCAGGGUUGUGGGGAGCGGCGUCCCCGCCUUUCCCGGGAGGCUCAGCCAGGUGCUUGGAGCGGGAGAGUCGGAUUCAGAUUCCUGCUUUACCUGGAGUAGCAACGUGCCCUGUUGCCGUUGUACCCUCUUAAAUACUGUACUUCUUAAACGGCCUAUCUCCCGUGCUGUUACAGAUAUUCUGGUGAAUAAACACAGAAUGAGCAUGGCUUUCCUUUGCUGAUAAGUCACUGAUGGGAAAUGAGACUUGUUAAACUUGAAAGUGAAUGGACCUGAGUGGACCCUUUGAGCACAUCAGUAAACAUGAGCGGUACCAAACCUGAUAUUUUGUGGGCACCACACCAGGUUGAUAGAUUUGUUGUGUGUGACUCAGAACUAAGUCUUUAUCAUGUGGAAUCUACUGUGAAUUCAGAACUCAAAGCUGGAUCUUUACGUUUAUCUGAAGACUCUGCAGCUACAUUACUGUCAAUAAAUUCAGAUACACCGUAUAUGAAAUGUGUUGCCUGGUAUCUCAAUUAUGAUCCUGAAUGUCUGCUGGCAGUUGGACAAGCAAAUGGUCGAGUUGUACUUACAAGUCUUGGUCAAGAUCAUAACUCAAAGUUCAAAGAUUUGAUAGGAAAAGAGUUUGUUCCAAAACAUGCACGACAAUGUAAUACCCUUGCCUGGAAUCCACUGGAUAGUAACUGGCUAGCUGCUGGUUUAGAUAAGCACAGAGCUGACUUUUCAGUGCUAAUAUGGGAUAUCUGCAGCAAAUAUACUCCUGAUAUAGUUCCCAUGGAAAAAGUGAAACUUUCAGCAGGUGAAACUGAAACAACAUUAUUAGUAACAAAACCACUUUAUGAGUUAGGACAGAAUGACGCUUGUCUCUCUCUUUGUUGGCUUCCACGAGACCAGAAACUUCUCCUUGCUGGUAUGCAUCGUAACCUAGCUAUAUUUGAUCUUCGGAAUACAAGCCAAAAGAUGUUUGUAAAUACAAAAGCUGUUCAGGGUGUGACGGUAGACCCAUAUUUCCACGAUCGUGUUGCUUCCUUCUAUGAAGGUCAGGUUGCAAUAUGGGAUCUUAGAAAAUUUGAGAAGCCAGUUUUGACACUGACUGAGCAACCAAAACCCUUAACAAAAGUAGCAUGGUGUCCAACUAGGACUGGUCUACUUGCCACUUUAACAAGGGAUAGUAAUAUUAUUAGAUUGUAUGAUAUGCAGCAUACACCCACUCCCAUUGGGGAUGAAACUGAACCCACAAUAAUUGAAAGAAGUGUGCAGCCUUGUGACAAUUACAUUGCUUCCUUUGCAUGGCAUCCAACAAGUCAAAAUCGAAUGAUAGUUGUAACUCCCAACCGAACAAUGUCUGACUUCACUGUGUUUGAAAGGAUAUCUCUUGCCUGGAGCCCAAUUACAUCUUUAAUGUGGGCUUGUGGUCGUCAUUUAUAUGAAUGUACGGAAGAAGAAAAUGAUAAUUCUUUAGAAAAAGAUAUAGCAACAAAGAUGCGCCUUCGGGCUUUAUCGAGGUAUGGACUUGAUACAGAGCAGGUGUGGAGGAACCACAUUUUAGCUGGAAAUGAAGAUCCACAGCUUAAGUCACUCUGGUAUACUCUGCACUUUAUGAAGCAAUACACAGAAGAUAUGGAUCAGAAAUCUCCAGGCAACAAAGGAUCGUUGGUUUAUGCAGGAAUUAAAUCAAUUGUAAAGUCAUCGUUGGGAAUGGUGGAAAGCAGCAGACAUAAUUGGAGUGGAUUGGAUAAGCAAAGUGAUAUUCAAAAUUUAAAUGAAGAGAGAAUCUUAGCUUUACAGCUUUGUGGGUGGAUAAAGAAAGGAACGGAUGUAGACGUGGGGCCAUUUUUGAACUCCCUUGUACAAGAAGGGGAAUGGGAGAGAGCUGCUGCUGUGGCAUUGUUCAACUUGGAUAUUCGCCGAGCAAUCCAAAUCCUGAAUGAAGGGGCGUCUUCCGAAAAAGGAGAUCUGAAUCUCAAUGUGGUGGCAAUGGCUUUAUCGGGUUAUACGGAUGAGAAGAACUCCCUUUGGAGAGAAAUGUGUAGCACACUGCGAUUACAGCUAAACAACCCAUAUUUGUGUGUCAUGUUUGCAUUUCUGACAAGUGAAACAGGAUCUUAUGAUGGAGUUUUGUAUGAAAACAAAGUUGCAGUACGUGACAGAGUUGCAUUUGCUUGUAAAUUCCUUAGUGAUACUCAGUUAAAUAGAUACAUCGAAAAGUUGACCAAUGAAAUGAAAGAGGCUGGAAAUUUGGAAGGAAUUUUGCUUACAGGCCUUACUAAAGAUGGAGUGGACUUAAUGGAGAGUUAUGUUGAUAGAACUGGAGAUGUUCAAACAGCAAGUUACUGCAUGUUACAGGGUUCACCUUUAGAUGUUCUUAAGGAUGAAAGGGUUCAGUACUGGAUUGAGAAUUAUAGAAAUUUAUUAGAUGCCUGGAGAUUUUGGCAUAAACGAGCUGAAUUUGAUAUUCACAGGAGUAAGUUGGAUCCCAGUUCCAAGCCUUUAGCACAAGUUUUUGUGAGUUGCAAUUUCUGUGGCAAGUCAAUCUCCUACAGCUGUUCAACUGUGCCUCAUCAGGGCAGAGGUUUUAGUCAGUAUGGUGUGAGUGGCUCACCAACAAAAUCUAAAGUCACAAGUUGUCCUGGCUGUCGAAAACCCCUUCCUCGAUGUGCGCUUUGUCUCAUUAAUAUGGGAACACCAGUUUCUAGCUGUCCUGGAGGAACCAAAUCAGAUGAAAAAGUGGACUUGAGCAAGGACAAAAAAUUAGCCCAAUUUAACAACUGGUUUACAUGGUGUCAUAAUUGCAGGCAUGGUGGACAUGCUGGACAUAUGCUUAGUUGGUUCAGGGACCAUGCAGAGUGCCCUGUGUCUGCAUGCACGUGUAAAUGUAUGCAGUUGGAUACAACAGGGAAUCUGGUACCUGCAGAGGCUGUCCAGCCAUAAAAAUGUUAUCACCUUAAGAGAAACCUUCAAGUGUGGAGCUUUCUAAUAGGUGUCCUUCAUAGCUCAGAAACAUACCUCAGAACAAGUCAUUCAUGACUUACCUGUAAUGGGAAAAUAAAUCAUUCUAUCAGAUCAGUAAUUUUGAUGUUUGAGUGAUUUUGAUGUGCUUCACAGAGACAAAUGCUGCUGAAAUAAACAUCACAGUAUAGACAUGAGUUCUGUUCAGCAGGUUGAAAAGUCUACUUUAGAAAAACUUUCUAAGUUUUGGUUGAAAUUAUGAACACUCUACAAGCAAAAUUUCUGGAAUAGCCAAGAACAGAUUUUGAGCCUAUAUCUUCAAAGCUGAAAUUGGAUAUCUUUCAAUAAAAUAUGUGCACUUUUAAAAUAAAA